AUGGUAGGUGGGGGGCUAAAUGGUGGUUGGUUUGGCGGCGGCGGCGGCGGCGGCGGGGGCGAUGGAGGUGGGGGCGACGGCGGCGGGGGCGAUGGUGGCGGCGAUAAUGGGCGCGGUCGUGGCGAGGGUGGUCGUGGUACGGGUGAUGGUGGGGGGAAUGACGGCGGCGGGGGCGAUGGAGGUGGGGGCGACGGCGGGGGGACCGAUGGAGGUGGAGGCGGCGGCGGCGGGGGCGAUGGAGGUGGGGGCGACGGCGGCGGGGGCGAUGGUGGCGGCGAUAAUGGGCGCGGUCGUGGCGAGGGUGGUCGUGGUACGGGUGAUGGUGGGGGGAAUGACGGCGGCGGGGGCGAUGGAGGUGGGGGCGACGGCGGGGGGGCGAUGGAGGUGGAGGCGGCGGAGGAGGAGGCGAUGGAGGUGGGGGCGACGGCGGCGGGGGCGACGGCGGCGGCGGUGAUGGACGCGGUCGUGGUGAGGGUGGUCGUUGUACGGGUGGUGGUGGCGGGGAUGGUGGCGGCGGGGGCGAUGGAGGCGGGGAUGACGGUGGGGUUGAUGGCGGAGGUCUGCGCAGAACGGGGAGGGAGGAACAUCCAGUCUCAGGCAAACGGCAAUAUUGCUAGGGGGCCCAAAACAGGCCACAAUACAAUACCCUAG